CCUUCUUGGAACCAGGAUCCGCUGGAGGAAGGAAAAUAGCAAGCGAACCUGAAAAGAGUUUUGACAGUGAGGUAUCAAAAAACCAUUCACUGAGGUCAUUCGAGCCAACAUUGGGGAUGCCCAGGCCAUGGGCCAGCAGCCAAUCACCUUUCUCCGACAGGUGAUGGCCCUCUGCACCUACCCAAACCUGUUGGACAGCCCCAGCUUCCCAGAAGAUGCUAAGAAAAGAGCCCGGCGGAUUCUACAGGCUUGUGGUGGAAACAGCCUAGGAUCAUACAGUGCCAGCCAAGGUGUCAACUGCAUCCGUGAAGAUGUGGCUGCCUACAUCACCAGGAGAGAUGGCGGCGUGCCUGCCGACCCAGACAAUAUUUAUCUGACCACUGGAGCUAGUGAUGGCAUUUCUACAAUCCUGAAGAUCCUUGUCUCCGGGGGUGGCAAGUCUCGGACAGGCGUGAUGAUCCCCAUCCCACAGUACCCCCUCUACUCGGCAGUCAUCUCGGAGCUCGAUGCCAUCCAGGUGAAUUACUACCUGGAUGAGGAGAACUGCUGGGCCCUGAACGUCAAUGAACUCCGGCGGGCUGUGCAAGAGGCCAAAGACCACUGUGACCCCAAGGUGCUCUGCAUCAUCAACCCAGGGAACCCCACAGGCCAGGUACAAAGCAGAAAGUGCAUAGAAGAUGUGAUUCACUUUGCCUGGGAAGAGAAGCUCUUUCUCCUGGCUGAUGAGGUAUACCAGGACAACGUGUACUCUCCAGACUGCAGAUUCCACUCCUUUAAGAAGGUGCUUUACGAGAUGGGACCUGAGUAUUCCAACAAUGUGGAACUUGCCUCCUUCCACUCUACCUCCAAGGGCUACAUGGGCGAGUGCGGCUACCGCGGAGGCUACAUGGAGGUGAUCAACCUGCACCCGGAGAUCAAGGGCCAGCUGGUGAAGCUGCUCUCGGUGCGUCUGUGCCCGCCAGUGUCGGGACAGGCCGCCAUGGACAUCGUCGUGAACCCUCCAGUGCCAGGGGAGGAGUCCUUCGAGCAGUUCCACAGGGAGAAGGAGUCUGUCCUAGGUAACCUGGCCACAAAAGCGAAGCUAACGGAAGACCUGUUUAACAAAGUCCCAGGAAUUCACUGCAACCCCUUGCAGGGCGCCAUGUAUGCCUUUCCUCGGAUCUUCAUUCCCACCAAGACUGUGGAAGCAGCUCAGGCCCAUAAAAUGGCUCCAGACAUGUUUUACUGCAUGAAGCUCCUGGAAGAGACUGGCAUCUGCGUUGUGCCUGGCAGUGGCUUUGGGCAGAGGGAAGGCACCUACCACUUCAGAAUGACCAUCCUCCCUCCGGUGGAGAAGCUGAAGACAGUGCUCCAGAAGGUGAAGGACUUUCACAUAAAGUUCCUGGAGAAGUAUGCCUGAGGAUGCUGCAGGCCGAGGGAGACCCCCGGCCUCGGUCCCCCUACUGACUGCCUCAGGCCUCACGGAGGUCGCUGGUCCUGGUCAUGUCACGUUGCGCAGGAGACUCCUUUGUGCCUUGAUGUUGGGAGCAAAUGUGAAUUCACAAUGUUUCAUAGGCCCUGGUUUUGCGAUGCAACCAAAGUAGAGAGGAUUGCUCAGCAGGUGGGGCUGGAGUUCUCUGAAUCAUCUGUUGCUGCUGCUUUUGAAAACCCUGUUGGGCUUUAAACAGCCAGGCUGUGUUGGAUGUGGUGUUCCAGACCUGGAGAAACAAGCAGGUGUUGGGAAAUGUAUGAUUUAACCACAGUGAGAACUGGAAGCAGAAUUUACCAAGAUCUAUGAAAUAAAACCCUUAGGUGGUAUGAAAACCUAGUCCUUCGAACAGUAGACCCUGGAAUCCAGUAGAGCUGCAGGAAGGGUCCGUCACUUGGCCUGGACAUGAGCAGCCGUUCUCAGACAGUGAGGCACCUGGGUAGGAAAGGGUGCUAGGUCAGGUUCCGGUGGCACCGGGGGCUGCAGCCAAGGUCAGGGGUCCCACAGGCAGGAUUGGGUUUGAGCCGGGCUGCAGGCCAAACCGGGUCUCCACUUCUGAGCAGCAUGGCGGGUAUCGAGGAUUGUACAGAGCUUCAGAAAUGAAGGGUUCUCCUGAACAUGCUUAGGCUGAGGCCCUGGUGUGAGAUCUCCAUGGACUUCAGGGGCCCAGGUUACAGCCCAGCCACCACCCACUCACAUGGAGGGCUCUGCCUGGUGGCCUGUGGACCGUGCCCUGGUUACCCAGCGGGAGUUUUCUCUCCAGUGCUCGACUGAGCCGUUCCACACAUUGCCCCUUGCUGGUGGCCCCAGGGAUAAGAUGCGACUGAAAACACCCUCAGCUCAUAAGCGGAUCCUUAUGGAGUUGAUCAACUAAGAGCCCAGCCCCCUGUAAUUUCAUGAAAUGUUUCAAACUGAAUUUGAUCCAUUUCAUCACUCGUAAUCGGUCAGAGCUGGUAGACAGGCUCCAGUGGAGGAGUGAAUGCAGUCAGAUUCAAAGUUAGUGGUGUUUUGAUUUCAUGCAAAGUAUCCCCCCUUCAUAUAUGCUCCUGCCUCGCCUCCCAGCUCUGCACAUGAGGUGAAGUGGCCACAGUCAUUUUCUCCAGGGAGGAGGGCGGUGUCCCUGCAUUAGCAAACCCGCUACACACGCCCGGAGCCAGUGUUGCAGGUGGCAGCAGGCAUUGUACUGUCCUCAGCGGUAGCCCCGGCCCUCUCAUCUGCCUUCACCAGUGGGAAGGGAGGGAAGCUGUUUCCAGCUCAGGAGUCUGGGGACCCAGCAGUUGAAGAAGUGGAACUGAAGGAGCUAGAGAGCCUACUGAAGAGACAAAGCAGGAAGGUUGGAAAGCAGCUUCGGGUGCUGAUUUCCAUUCUGGGUCCGUGCAAGAAAACACACUCGAACUUCAAACUGUCCUAACGAGGAUUACUGUCCCUGUGAGAAGAUCAGCCACAAUCUCAAAAUAACAAAAGGGAAUGUUUCGGAACCUUUCCUUCCUUAGAAAAUGGAAAAAGUUGCACUUGUGCUCACUGUAUGGUACAGAAACCAGGAUGUGUCCCAGAGCUGUGAGAUUUCUGGUGGGAAGGUUAAAUAGUACAAGCUAGUAUAUUUUUUAUAUUUUUUGUAACAAUUGCUUUUUCAUGAGGAAAUGGGGUUAGUAUUUAUAGUCUUAAUAAGUCCAGUAAUUUUUAUAAGCCUCUUCCGAUUAUAAAUAACCCCUCAAAACUUUUCCAACGUUUACAUGAUUUUUAAAGAGAUGCCAUAUACACUUGGUUUGCUUUAAAAAAAAAGUAAUAGUAAUAAUGUCAGCUAGUUUGGGGAGGUUAACCUAAGGUCGGAAUGCCAGCCGUGACAGAUUUGAUUUUCUACAGAUUCUGUUCCGAUGCCUUUCCUCUUCUAGCAUCACCCCAGAAAGUUGCCUUUGGGUGUCUCACCUUAAGGCCACACUUGUGUGCUUUCUGCUGUUUACCCUGCACAGGUGGGUGGUGCCAGAGAGCCUGUGCCUCCUUGUGGCUGGGCAAGCCCUCAGCACACACCUUCAGGCCACACUGCUGGAUUUCGUUCUGUAGUCUUCAGUGUCCAGGAAGAGUAAACACACACCGCCCUGGGCUGUUUUCCAAUCUGGGUUCUCACAGCCCUCUCCUGACAAAGGUACUGGAUGAUAGCUCUGCUGGAAAAUUUUAACAAUAAAAUAGAUGUCCCAAA